UCUUCUGUUGGCGCGGUUGUUGAAUAGUUAGCCGGGAGUUGAAGUAACGUUAUUAACGUUAACUGUCUUAUUUAGGAUAUCUGUAGGGAGGUUCAUGAGCAUGGAGAAUGGCAGGGCCCAAUUUCCAUUUCCAUACCAGCCCUAUAACAUCCAGGAGCACUUUAUGCAAGCCCUGUACGCUGCACUUGACCAGGGCAAAGUUGGCAUCUUUGAAAGUCCAACUGGAACGGGCAAGUCUCUGAGUCUGAUAUGUGGAGCGCUGAGCUGGCUCACAGACUACGAGGAGAAGAGGAGACAGGAGGCAGCCACUCUGCUGCAGGAAGGAGAAGCAGCUCUCUCCACCUCAACCGCUCAGCCCUCUGCUACCAGCUCCUCAGCAGAGCCCGACUGGAUCACUGAUUUUGUUCAAAAAAAGACAGAACGCGAUUUGGUGUCGAAGCUGAAGGAGGAAGAACUGAAAAGAAAGAAGAGGCAAGAACGAUUAGAAAUGAUCAGAAACAACGUUCAACUAAAGUAUGCAAUGAAAAGAAAAAGCUGUGAAGAUGAUGAGGCGGUCAAGUUGCUCCAGCUUAGUAAAGAGGAACAAACAGAGACACAAGGAGAUCAAGAGGACGAGGAGCUUAUCGUUGCAGAAUAUGAGAGCGAUGACGAGUCAAAGACCAGGAGCAGAUUUUGUGGUGCUGAGGAUGACACAGACGAUGAACUGGUUGAAGAACAUGUUACUAAGAUCUACUACUGCAGUCGCACUCACUCCCAGCUGGCCCAGUUUGUCCAUGAAGUUCAAAAGAGCCCAUUCAGCAAGGACAUCAGUGUGGUCACACUGGGCUCACGGCAGAAUCUGUGUAUCAAUGAGGAGGUGCGUCGCCUCGGCAGCAUCCAGCUUAUCAACGACCGCUGCAUGGAGAUGCAGAAAAAUAAACAUGAGAAGCAGCAUCAUGAAGAGGGUGUAAAACGUAAGCGAGGCCCAGCAAAGGGUGUGUGUCCCUAUAAUAAAGCAUCAGCCCUGCAGCAGAUGAGAGAUGGCAUUCUGGGGACAGUCCACGAUAUAGAGCAGAUGCUAAAGCUGGGCAGAGAAACACAUGCAUGUCCUUACUACUCCACACGCCUCGCUAUCCCCCCUGCACAGCUGGUGGUGUUGCCCUAUCAGAUGUUGCUUCAUGAAGCUACGAGAAGGGCAGCAGGGGUCCAGCUGAAGGGACAGGUGGUGAUCAUAGAUGAAGCUCACAAUCUUAGUGACACACUUUCCUGUAUACACAGUGCAGAGCUCACUGGUGCACAGCUUUGCCGUGCCCACUCUCAGCUUACCCAGUAUGCUGAACGCUAUAAGAGCAGACUGAAGGCAAAGAAUCUGAUGUACAUCAAACAGAUUCUGUUUGUGAUUGAGGGGCUUGUCCGGGUACUGGGAGGUAAGGUGGGGAAGAAUCCGCAGAGCCAGACUACACAAGCAGGAACUGAAAUGCUUACCAUUAACAAUUUCCUCUUCAAGGCUCAGAUCGACAAUAUCAACUUGUUUAAGUUGCAGAGAUACUUUGAGAAGAGCAUGAUCAGCAGAAAACUGGGUGGCUUUGUGGAGAAGUACGCGGGAUCAGGUGUGACUCUGCACACUCAGAGCAACUCCAACAAGGAGAAUCGACGCACGGAGGGCUUGAACCGCUACCUUCAAACUCUACAGAGCAACCAGAUUACCAUGCCAGUUUCUUCAGCAGACCAGCAGGGGUCUGUAGAGGCAGAGAAAGUGCUGUCUGCGUCUCCCAUGAUGCAGGUGGAGGGUUUCUUCAUGGCUCUCACCAACAGCAAUGCUGACGGCAGAGUGGUGGUGCACAGACAAGGUAGUUUGUCAGAGAGCAGUGUCAAGUUCCUGCUGUUGAAUCCAGCGGUCCACUUUGCCCAGGUGUUGAAGCAGUGCAAAGCGGUCAUCAUCGCAGGAGGAACCAUGCAGCCUGUUUCAGAUUUCAAACAAGAGCUGCUGUUUUCUGCCGGAGUGGAAGCAGAACGCAUCACUGAGUUUUCCUGUGGUCAUGUAAUUCCCCCCGAGAACAUCCUUCCCCUCGUCUUGUGCAGCGGUCCGUCUGGUCAGGAGCUGGACUUUACUUUCCAAAACAGAGACUCUCCACGCAUGAUGGACGAGACAGGCCGCAUUCUGUCCAACAUUUGUAACGUGGUCCCGGGCGGGGUCGUGUGCUUCUUCCCUUCUUAUGAGUACUCCAGGCGGAUCAUUUCUCACUGGGAGGCCAACGGUAUGCUGACUCGUCUGGCUAACAAGAAGAAGAUCUUCCAGGAGCCAAAGAAGGCCAACCAGGUUGAGCAGGUGCUUAAUGAGUUCUCCCGAUGUAUCCAGAGGUGUGUUUUUGACAGCAGUGGGCUCACAGGUGCGUUGCUGUUCUCUGUGGUCGGAGGAAAGAUGAGUGAGGGCAUCAAUUUCUCAGAUGACCUGGGCAGGUGUGUGGUGAUGGUGGGAAUGCCAUAUCCCAACAUCAAAUCCCCAGAGCUACAGGAAAAGAUGGCCUAUCUGGACAAACACCUGCCUCACAGUGGAGGAAAGAGCCCUGGCCAAGCACUAAUAGAAAACCUCUGCAUGAAGGCUGUCAAUCAAUCCAUAGGAAGAGCUAUCCGCCACCGUGGCGACUAUUCCUCCAUGGUGCUGUGUGACAGGCGUUACUCUCGACCUGCUACUCUGUCUAAACUUCCCACAUGGAUCAAAGAGCGCACCAGCACACACACAACUUUUGGCCCCGCUUUUGCUGCCCUGCGGAAGUUCUUUCUGGAGAAGAAGCAGAAGCUGGUGUAGUUUCACUCACACUGGGCUCAAGCGACAAGAAAUGAAACGUGUU